UCCUCUGCACCCGCUCCCCAGGGCGCGCCUGCUCGCAAACGUUCUCCCGCGCGGGCUGGGCUAGGAGCGCGGCGGCGGAAAUUGACCCCCCCCCCCGGGCGGAGCUCGCUGUGGAGCCCGCGCUCAGCUUCCGGAGCAGCCGGGAGACGUAGGAGUCGGGACUCCAGUCCCGGAAGCUGAUUGGCAGCUGUAGCGAUGUGGUCAGCUGAUGAAGUUGCUGGUCUGUGCUACACACAUUAUAGCACCAAGCUUCCUAAGCAGGGGAAGCCGGAUCCUAACCGGGAGUGGACUUUACUGGCAGCUGUGGUUAAAGUGGAGUCUGCACCUGAAAGAAAGGCUUGCCUUAAUGGUGGGAAUCUGCAGGUAACUAAGGAAGUUGUUGCUAUGGGGACUGGAACUAAAUGCAUUGGCCGUACAAGAAUGAGGAAAACUGGGGAUAUUCUCAACGACAGUCAUGCUGAAGUCAUUGCCAAGAGGAGUUUUCAGAGGUAUCUCAUCCACCAGCUGUGGCUGGCAGUCUCACACCAACAGGGCAGCAUCUUCAGCCCAGGGACUGAGAUUGGGAAAUGGAAACUCAAACCACACAUCACCUUUAUUUUUUUCUGCAGCCAUACCCCUUGUGGAGAUGCCUCCAUUAUUCCAAUGACCAAACCAGAGGACCAGCCUUGUGAGCUGGUUAGUAGAAAAGAUCCAACAAGUCAUUCAGCAGAUUGCAGUGGCAACCAUGAUCCUGUGGGUCCAGAAAAUAAAAGGAAAACAGAGGAAACUGCAAGUGAUCAUGUGACCAAGAGAAUGAAAACUGUCAUCAGUGAUUCUGCAUGUGAGGUCACUGAGAGAAUAGCUGUGCAGUAUGUUCCUGGCAAUCAACAAAACGUACAAGACACAGAUACCAGCCGCUCUGAAUUUAUUACAGAUGGACAAAGAGAGAUCUUAACGUGUGCUAAGGAGACCGGACUAAUAGGAGCGACAGUGAUGGAUGUUUAUAGAACCGGAGCAAAGUGUGUGCUGGGAGAGAGAGAUGAUGCUCGGAGACCAGGGGUAAAAUAUCAUCAUGUUGGGUUACUACGAGUGAAGCCAGGCCGUGGAGACAGGACCUGCUCCAUGUCCUGCAGUGAUAAACUAGCUCGCUGGAAUGUACUGGGCUGUCAAGGAGCCCUCUUGAUGCAUUUCCUACAGCACCCGGUGUAUCUCUCAGCGAUUGUAGUGGGGAAAUGCCCAUAUAGCCAAGAGGUCAUGCAGAGAGCAGUUAUUGAAAGGUGUCAGCACAUCUCAUUUUUACCUGAUGGUUUCCAUGUUCAAGAUGUGAAAAUGUUGCAGUCAAAUCUUCAGUUUAAACAUAGCCGCCAUGCAAUUCAGACAGCUCAUGCUAAUGGCAAAGCAAAGCUUGUUCCUUGUGGUGCCGCUAUCAGCUGGAGUGCUGUCCCUGAGCAACCUCUAGAUGUCACCUCAAAUGGCUUCAAGCAGGGAACAACAAAGAAAGGAAUCGGAAGUCGCCAGACCAGGUCCCGGAUCUGUAAGGUGGAACUUUUCCAUGUAUUCCAAAGGCUGAUGGCUAGUAUUUCACAGGAGAAUGUGCCAGAAUCUCUCAGGGAGAAGAAGUUGGAGACCUACUGGGAGUACAAGGAAGCUGCAGCAAACUAUCAAGAAGCUUGGAAAGUGCUGCGUAGCCAGGCCCUAGGAGCCUGGGUCAAGAAUACCAAGGAUUACCUGCAGUUUACAUAAAAUGGCAGCUGUGUGAGCCCAGCAUUGAUGGAGCCUUCAGACACAGAGUGGGAGAUGUUACUUUAGAAUGUGGGCCAAAUUCUGGCUGUCACUUGAAGGCAGCCCGUUGUCUCUAAGGCCCAGCUGUUUAAAGGGAUUUGAGUCAUUGCAGUGACUCACUGACUUAGGCGACUAAAUCCCAUUCUCCAAGGGAGCGUGGGAUUUAGGCUGAGCACAGCAACACCUCAACACCUUUAAAAAUCUGAGUCUGAGCUCUGAGGGAGGGGGAUAGAAAAGGGAACUUGUUAUGGCUGCUUGUUUAUGUCAUUCUUUAUGAAAUAUAAAUUAGACCCCAGUGGGCUUGGGUGGUCACUUCUGAGCUGCAUGUACCAUGGCAUAUGUCAAGGCUGAAUCCCCAUUCUGGCACUUCAAGUGCAGAAGGUGGGGGCCCGCAAGGAUUUUAAAAAUUAAUA